GGGGCCGGGGGCGGGCGCCGAGGCUUCGGGGCGCGCUGGAGCUGAGAAGGGGCCCCAGGAGCGCGGCCGCAGCCACGUCACGCCCCAGGUCACGCUGCAAACGGCAGCUGUAGAGAUUUCGCUCUAACAGCGGGUUACCUGGACUUUGUCGCCAUCGAGCCCUGGAGGAUCUUCUGCUGUGAGGAAGUGCCAGCAACUUUGACACACAAGGCCUGGAAAGAGAAGACCUUUAGGUUGUGGAGGGGGUCUUGUCCGGCUCAGGUUCCCUUUAACCCCUGGCAGACCUGGGGUGGACGUGCCCCCCACCUCCUGCAGACGCAUGGCGCAUCGGCUACAGAUACGACUGCUGACAUGGGACGUGAAGGAUACACUGCUCAGGCUCCGCCACCCCGUGGGAGAGGAAUAUGCCUCCAAGGCCCGGGCCCACGGGCUGGAGGUGGAGGCCGCCUCCCUGGGACAAGCCUUCAGGCAGGCGUACAGGGCUCAGAGCCUCAGCUUCCCCAACUAUGGCCUGAGCCAAGGCCUCACCUCCCGCCGGUGGUGGGUGGAUGUGGUCUUACAGACCUUCUACCUAGCAGGUGUUCGAGAUGCCCAGGCUGUGACCCCCAUCGCUGACCAGCUGUACGAGGACUUCAGCAAGCCCUUCACCUGGCAGGUGUUGGAGGGGGCUGAGGCCACCCUGAGGGAGUGCCGAAAACGAGGUCUGAGGCUGGCAGUGGUCUCCAACUUUGACCGGCGUCUAGAGGACAUCCUGAUGGGUCUUGGCCUGAGGGAAUACUUUGACUUUGUGCUGACCUCUGAGGCUUCCGGCUGGCCCAAGCCCGACCCCCGAAUUUUCCGUGAGGCUUUGCGGCUUGCUCAGGUGGAACCGGCAGUGGCAGCCCAUAUUGGGGACAGUUAUCCCUGUGAUUAUAAGGGGGCGCGGGCUGUAGGUAUGCACAGCUUCCUGGUGGUCGGCCCAGAGCCUUUGGAUGCUGCCAUCAAAGACUCUGUAUCUCAAGAAUGCCUCCUCCCCUCACUGUCCCAUCUCCUGCCUGCCCUUGACCACCUGGAAGUCUCAUCCCCGUAACUUUGAAUCUGAUGAGGGAAGUGGCUGGGCCCAGCAAACGCUGCAGAGCCCCUUCUUUCCUGAGAUCUGGCCUUUGCCCCUCUCCCUACAGCGUCCAAAGGCACUGUGACUAUAAAGCAGUGAAAACAGGGCUUUUAGCCCUGCUCCAACCUGCUUCUGGUUGCUGAAGUUGUUCACACCUGUGUCUCUUUCCCACCCCCUCAC